AUGUCAUAUAAUGGUAUAGGAUUACAAUCUGUUAGAGGUUCAGCGACUUCUGGUCAUAUUCAAAAAAAUAUUGCUAAUAAAGUAUCGAAACCAGGGUAUUAUGAAUCAAGAAAAAACCAAAAAUCAUUAAUGGCAAACAAAUCCAAUAAUAAUUUUAACCUAAAUAAUCAAGAAUCCCAUAAACAAAUCAAAUCUGAAUUGAUUAAACAUGAACAACUACGAAGAAUUGAAGUCAAAUGUAUGGAUUUACAGGAUGAAUUGGAAGAACAAGGAAUCGAACCAGAUGAGAUAAAAUUGAAAGUUGAUGAAUUAAGAAAGAAAUUGAAAAACAAAGAGUCUAAAGAGAAUGACGCAAAAUCACCACAACAACCAAAAAAUAAACAUUCAAAACAAGAUGUUGAAAACAAAAACAACAACAACAAGGAUGAAGUGUUUGAGUAUAAAAGACGAUAUUCUGACAAAAGAAACUAA